UCGAGCGAGCGUCUCGUCACGGGCUGAGGCUGUUUAAAAAAAGGUGGUCAAGUUUGUAGUUCUGCAUGCCCCGUGUGUUUAUCAAAUCCGUGUUCCGUGUUCCGUGUUGUUCUUGCGUUUCGCGUCACGAAAGUGCAAUGACAUUCCGCUGACUUCGCGGACGAUAGGAUCCAGUUGUUCGCUGCCGUGCCUACACCACACCGCAGAUGCUCCCCUUCAUUUAGAGGAUCGGCCCCCCCAAAAAAAAGUGUCGUCCUCACAUUGAACUGUGUGCGUGGGGUUAUUACCGCCCAUUGUGCGUGUGUGUGAGUUGCUAGAGCAACAGAAAAAGCAAGAGUUUACUCUUCGCUGUCACCAAACGUCAUUCGAAGGAAGGCCUUGAAGGCAGCAGGUUUUGAUUCGAAGAAGUGCCGUGUUUAUCACUCGGAAGACAUCAUCAUAUCAUCAUCGCUAAACAGCACAAAAUUGGCGAGUGUGUUAGUGGAGGUGCGCAUUGAUUGAUAGUGCUUGGUUGGUGAAAAUUAAAUACAAGUCGAAAGAGGUGAAACGCAUUGAACGGUGAAUCGGCGAAAGCAGAAUCAUUUUCUUGUGCCCGCGUGCUUCCCUUUCCCAAAAAACGACGACGAAGACGGCGAGUGUAGUGCGUCUGUGUGCGUAACUGUACGCAUCCGAAUCCCGCCGGCUCUCUCAUCUUCCCAACGCGCCAGAACCGGAAACGACGCGGUCAACGCUGAAAAUCGGAUUUCGGGAUCAACUGAUAGAACAGGGGCAGUCGUCAAGGUAUUGGAAUCGUUGAAUUUUGCCGCCAAUCACCGGUUCUGAGGCAGCUGACGAAGGUAUUUGUCCAUCGUAGGUGUUAAGGUGCAUGUGGCAGUGGGCUUAGAGAGGUGGACUUCGGUUUCCUGCAAAAACAAACAACGCACACAAUUGGAAUAGUAAAAUAACAUAAAAUAUAGCACAAAACAAAGGAAGCAAAAGAAGGAAGCCUCAGCUAGCUACGCCUACAGUUAAACGAUACAACAGUAGCGCAAACGAAACAACGCAAAACUAUGAAAAUGUCUUCUCAAAUGGCACAAACAGCAGGAGCCCCGACAGCCAUCUCGAUCCCGCCGGCCUCGCUAAAAUCGAUGUCCACGGCGAUGACGAUGCCAUCUUCUAACAACUCGCAUCCAGCUGCUCACCAAUCGGGCGCUGCACAACAGCAAGGAUCAACACCGGCGACAAUGACGGGAUCCACCGGUUCCGGUGGUAGUGGCGGCGGCGGUGGCGGCGGCUCUAUGACACCGAUUUCCAUCCAAAAUGCAAAUGCCAUUGCCAUCUCCAACUCCGCGAUCGUGAAGGAAGGGUGGCUGUACAAGCGCGGCGAGCACAUCAAAAACUGGCGUUCGCGCUACUUUAUCCUGCGUGCCGACGGCACAUUGGUCGGUUACAAGACGCGGCCGGAUACGGCGGUGACAGAACCAUCGAACAAUUUCACCGUGCGCGGUUGCCAGAUCAUGUCGAUCGAUCGCCCGCGUCCGUUCACCUUCAUCAUCCGUGGCCUCCAGUGGACGACGGUGAUCGAGCGGAUGUUCCACGUUGACGAUGAGGACGAACGUAAGGCAUGGGUGGACGCGAUCCGCCGGGUGGCGAACCGAUUGAACGAGGAGGAAGUCUACCAAACGGGUCCCGCGUCAUCACUGCAGCCGGACGUGGAGGAGGAAGACUGCGAGAUGGGCUCGAUCGCCGAGGAUGAGCUGCUGAGUGAAAAGAUACCGGUGUACGGCACCUCGACAGAUAAGAUUAGCGGCAAAAUGAAGGUGACACUGGAAAACUUUGAGUUCCUCAAGGUGCUGGGCAAGGGCACAUUCGGAAAGGUGAUCUUGUGUCGCGAAAAGAGCACCGCCAAGCUGUACGCGAUCAAAAUUCUCAAGAAGGACGUCAUCAUUCAGAAGGACGAGGUGGCUCACACGAUGGCCGAAAAUCGCGUCCUGAAGACAACGAACCAUCCGUUCCUCAUAUCAUUGAAAUAUUCUUUCCAAACCGUCGAUCGACUGUGUUUUGUGAUGCAGUACGUGAACGGGGGAGAGCUCUUCUUCCAUCUGAGCCGUGAGCGCAUCUUUCCCGAGGACCGCACACGGUUCUAUGCGGCGGAGAUCAUCUCGGCACUCGGUUAUCUGCACUCGCACGGCAUCAUCUAUCGGGAUUUGAAGCUGGAAAAUUUGCUGCUCGAUAAAGAUGGCCACAUCAAGAUUGCCGAUUUCGGGCUCUGCAAGGAGGACAUCACAUACGGGCGAACGACGAAAACGUUCUGCGGUACGCCCGAGUACCUGGCGCCGGAAGUGCUCGAGGAUAACGAUUAUGGUCAUGCGGUCGACUGGUGGGGCACCGGGGUCGUAAUGUACGAGAUGAUUUGCGGUCGGUUGCCGUUCUAUAACCGCGAUCAUGACAUUCUCUUCACGCUCAUCCUGAUGGAGGAGGUGAAGUUCCCUCGUCAGAUCAGUGCUAAUGCACGUAGCCUUCUCAGCGGGUUGCUGGUGAAAAACCCGAAGCAACGGCUCGGUGGUGGUCAGGAAGAUGCCAAGGAGAUCAUGGCGCAUCCGUUCUUCGCCAGUAUCAACUGGACGGAUCUGGUGCACAAGCGCAUAACACCACCGUUUAAACCCCAGGUUACCAGUGACACUGAUACUCGAUACUUUGAUAAAGAGUUUACUGGCGAAAGUGUCGAGCUGACGCCUUCCGACAGUAAUGGACCGCUCGGCGCUAUCCAGGAGGAACCCCACUUUUCAGAAUUCAGCUACCAGGAUAUGGCGUCGACGAUGAACACGCCAAGCUACAUCUCGUCGAACCACUCUUCCAAUCACUCUUCCAACCACUCCUCAGCGCACCACUUUCCACAUAAUCCUUCCAACAACCACGACCCUUCGAUGCAGUGAGUUACAGUCGUGCUAAUUUGGGGCUCCUUCUCAUUGAGUGUGACGACGAUAGAAGCUGUAGCAGAGCAAGCAGAGGCUGUAGACACCUCUUCUUGGUACCGGAUGUAGUCGGGUCAGGUUGCUGGUACAACCUUGCUGGUGGCAGUGAGUGUAGACGUUGAAGCAGGUGUGUACCGGUAUACUCACGCGCAAAUGGAUCACUUCGAAUUGCUGGGCACCGCAUCGCGACAACCACAGUAUCUGUGAGUUUCAAGUGAGCCUGCAAAAAGCAUUCGGACAGAUAGGUUGUGGGAAUGACAAGAUCGAUUACGAUUGAAUCCUACAGGACUUCUUUCAUGUGCUCGUCAAACUCCAUGGCGUUCGCCAUGUCCGUUCCUUAUAACACUCAAUGUUUAAUAGAUGUACCUAUUUGAAGUGUUUUCUUUUUAAGUACACCGCAUGACGCGCGCGUAUACUGACGUGCUUCUGGUGAGGUAAGAUGGAGAUCAAAGCUGUCGAAGCGAUGCUGCUAAGCAGCUCAGGAAACAGCGAACCCCUGGUACCUAGAUUCAUAAACCCGCAGCACUCUGUCACCAUAGUAACAGCAGAUUCCUAUAUAACAGACUACAUACAACCUACACACCCAUACACAAAGUACAUCCACAUAUAAUAAGUUUAAACCGAUCGCAAUGUGCCAAUUUUUUGCCAUAGUUGCCCGUACGGAGCACCAAUCAAUCCCCCUCUUGGAUCUCAACUCAACAUACUACAUAAUGCAGUAUCAGCUGAUAAUAUUACACACCUAUCCGUAGGCCAAUGUGUGUGUGUGUGUGCGUGUGUGUGGAAAAUCAUAUGCAGAAUUCUUUUUUAUACGAAUUAUUGUUAUUUGAUACUUAGUACGGAACAUUCGUUUGGUUACUUAGCAUCUGGGUGCUCCUUCCUCCUUUUCCGGUUAUAUUUUGUGAACUAUUCAAGUAAGAAAUGAAAAAAUAAGAGAUAAAACCAUGUUCAUACACACACACACACAUACAUACACAGACUUCACUUCAACAGACAUUACUCUGUCAAAAGGAUUAGGCGUCCAGCAUUUAGUACGAUGCAUAAAAGUAGGCGAUCCGAGAUUAAUGAAAAGUUGAUAAGCACCCUACAACUACCCCUUGGUGGAAUCGACAGUCAAACAGUAGGAGUGUGUGUGUGUGUGUGUGUGUGCGUGUGCGUGUGCGUGUGCGUAUGUGCGCGCGCUCGGAAGCGUGUGUACUAAUACCGAGUGAACGACGAAAUGCAUAGAAAUAACGCGGAAAGCAACGGGCUGUGAUAGAACGGAGUUGAUGAUAACAUGUAAGAACUGUAGUAAACGUAGUGAGGUCGCGUAUGGAGCUACCAACUCUUAGGCUAUAAAUAUGGUGAAAUGAAGGAAAGAAGCAUUGCGAAGGUGACAUGAAACUAUGGAGCUGAUACUGUCCCUAGCGGCUCGUGGUGCUAUGAGAAUGAAGUUGAAGCCACGAGGCAUCCGGUUGAAUUAAGUUGAAUUAAGCUAAACCCGUUUGAAUCAAGAAGAGUGUAAAGGGCGAUCCUUCCAACGCCCGGUAAAAGAAUGAAACAACGAUCGAGGGACAAAAUGGAAUGCGCAUGCGCAUAAGGUAAAGCAACAGAGUUCCGCAAAAUAACUAGGCCCACCACCUGCUUGUAUUAUCUGGCAUAGUUUUCGAAAACAAAUCAUCCAUUUUGUCCACUCGCGAACAUAAUGCGGUCUUCUAACAUCGACUGCAUAAAUUUUUGUUUGUAUGUCCUUUUUUUACUCAAGUCAAGUAGGCACAGAAUCCUAGAAGAGAAUUAAAAAGUAGCUAGCGAUAGUAAUGAAAUGUAGGGGAAUUAGCAGCAACAGCAUCCACAACAACAAAUUCACACCGGACAAGCUCUCAUUACAGAGAAGAUGUAGAUUUGUAGAGUCAUUUUGGAACAACAGCCGAGGAAAUAUAUAUACAUAUAUCACUGCCUUAGCCUUGACGUGACGAAUGGAACUUGCAACUUAUAAUGAAUAAGCGGAUUAUUAGUAAGAGUAGAUUGGUAUCUGGAAUUAAUGGUGAAUUGGCCCGCUAUAGUAGCUGUUCGCUGCUUUGUAAUGAUCUUCGUGCGGCAGAGCGCAUUGUGACGAAAAGUGCAGGGGGGAGUUUUUGUGGAAAAGGCCUUUAAGAGGAAAUUAAAAAUUAUGUUAUGCGCUACCGUUAACUGCUUCGAUUUGUAAAAUUUAAAAACAAAAACCAAAUUAGAGAUAUCGCCGUUUGAAUUUCCGCAUCCAUCAAUGUUCACGAAUGAAAUCCUUUUUUUGGAGAAUCUAACAACAGUCGAUGUAGGCAAUGCAAACCAAUGGAUCCUAGCUUGCGGAGAAUCUGGAUUCUUUUCAGUUUUGCAAUUUUCCUGGAGAUAAAAGGAGGGCGCGUUUGAUAGGGAUAGCCACACGCCAAGAUGUAGAUCAAUUCCGCAUCCCAUUUCACUUGAUAAUAGAAUCGAAGCCACCAAUCUCGUGUAUGCGGACGAUGGCCUACUAAACGCUACUACUGCUAAUACUAUUAGUUCUAGUAUAGGUUAAACACGUAUUUAGGUUUAAAAAGAACACUUAAAAAGAACGAAAUAAAUCUUAUGAAGAAAAUAAA